AAGAAUUGAAAUUGAGAAAAAUAAAUUCUUGGAAGCUGCUUCUGCCGUUUAUUUUCAAAACAGUUAUUGAUGUUAUUGUUUUUUUUUGCCUAGUUUAAUUUACUAAUCGUCUUUAAACUGUGCUCAAUCUUUCGGAUUAUCAAUUUUUCCGACUACUGCGUGCUUUGAUUUUGAUUAACACCUCAAAUUAAAAUAUCUCGACGCUGUUGAUAGAACUCAGCAAAUAAUUUUGAAACAUCACCUUGUUAAAAUUAAAUCAAACGUCUUAACGAAUUAAGGAGCAAAAUCAAUUUAUUACAACAUGGGUCAAACCCUUUCAGAGCCUGUAACCGCCAAAGAGACAACUUCAUGUAACAAUCGUUAUGUAUCUGUUGGUGCCUCCUGUAUGCAAGGUUGGCGAGUUAGUAUGGAAGAUGCUCAUACACAUAUUCUUGACUUAAGUUCUACCGACCAGACUGCUAGUUUCUUUGCAGUUUAUGAUGGACAUGGAGGUACUCGCGUUGCUAAUUAUGCUGGUAAACAUCUUCAUGACAUCAUUAUGUCACAAUCUGCAUUUGAAGCUGGUGAAGUUGAAGAGGCCAUGAGACGAGGUUUCUUACAAUUGGACCAAGAUAUGCUUAGGGAUCCAGAUAUGAAAGACGAACUUGCAGGAAGUACUGCCAUAGUUUUGUUGAUUCGGGAAGGUAAAAUGUACAUUGCAAAUGUUGGGGACUCUCGAGCUGUAGCCUGUUGGGCUGGACGUACUGACCCUCUUUCAUUUGAUCAUAAGCCAAGCAACGAAUUGGAGGCAAAACGGAUUCAAGCUGCUGGUGGCUGGGUCGAGUUUAAUCGAGUUAAUGGAAAUCUUGCUCUUUCUCGUGCUUUAGGUGAUUUUGUCUUUAAAAGAAAUGAUGACAAAUCAGUAGAAGACCAAAUUGUUACCGCAUUACCUGAUAUUGAAGUGCGAACUAUUUCAGAGGAGUUGGAAUUUGUGGUUUUAGCUUGUGAUGGUAUUUGGGAUGUUAUGAGUAAUACAGAGGUUGUUUCAUUUAUAAGAACAAGAAUAGCCGCUAAAAUGGAACCUGCUAUCAUAUGUGAGGAAUUAAUGACACACUGCUUAGCUCCAGACUGUCAAACAGGAGGAUUAGGCUGUGACAAUAUGACUGUUUUGCUAAUUUGCUUCCUUCAUGGUAAAAGCUACGAAGAUUUAUCAGCUCGAUGCUCAGUAAUAAAUUCAACCAGAAUCAGGCGUCAUUCCAGUGGCUCUUUGGAUUCAUCUGAUUCUCUUCUUUGUAUGACAUCAUGUUCUUCUUCUACAUCUGAAAGUCAAGACGAGGAUAUAAUCAACCGAGAAAAUGAAGACGGUGAAUUGGAAUUAAACAGUAAUGAAAGUGGAACUCCUCCGUUAUCCAAGCUUGUUGAUGAUGGCUUGGCUGUCUCUUAAAAAUCUGCCAAUUCAUGAAAAACAGCCAUAGUUAUCUCUGCGAAUCUUUUUCACUUUACAGUUUAGGUGUAUCUUCAAACUUGAUCUUUUAAAAAUUGAACAAUCAACUGCUUAUUCCAGCCUUUAGAAACAAUCACCUUAAGCCAUGAAACAGUUUCCAUCAAAAUUACGAAUCACCGUUAGAUUGUUACAGUAGCAAGUUUUCUGUGAAUACAGAAUUUCAACUUCAAAUACAAAAAUCAAGUAAUGAAAAAAGUACAAGACAGAUUAAGUUGAAAAAUUUUAUCAUGUACAGCAGAGCAAAUAUUACUGAGUAACCAUAACUUUUGAAAGCGCUAUUGCGUCACAACUAGACUCCGAAGUUGUUUUUAUUACUUAAUCUACUUUUUCAUAAAGAAUACAAUUUAAGAAGAUCAGGUCGACAGAUACACCUUUAGCGUAUUGUCCUGCCCUACACUAUCCACUUUAGUCCUUUAACGUUUUUUCCUAUUCUAUCUUCGAUGAUAAUUUCCAUCGACCCGUCCCUUUCAUUCGUUUUUCAUCAAGCAACUGAAUAUCGCCUUUCUUUUUUUUCAUCCUCUCUAUCUUAAUAGUCUUAUUCAGUUCAUUGCUCUUUCCUAUUAUUCAUUAUAUCCUUACUUUGUCCUUUUCUUUCAUUUUCUUCUAUCUUUUCUCAUUGAACGUGCAUAGAGUCGCAAGUUGUACAGUGUUUACACACAAACAAAAUCUACCAUCACUAAUAAUACAAGUGAUGUAAGUAUAUUGAGCAAAGACUACAAAAAAAUUGAGGUGAAAUUUAAAAAUUCUUUAUGCUAAUAUCACCCAAUGAUUAAAGCGCAACAUUUCAGCCAAUUCAUUGCUAGCAUAGUCUAACCCAGUAAACUUAGAAUCGACUAAAUCUUUUCUAAGUACUAGGUUAAUUACAAGCGCAGAAAUUACAUGUUUUGCUGAUAUUCUUAUAAAAGCAUUAUGUUGGUAACACCAAGAGAAAAGUAUUUACUUGUUUAACAAAGUAUCAUCAGAGAAAUCACUAUUAGAGACAAAUUAUUAUCGUCCCUUCUUUCCUAUCUUCCGCCUUGAAAAAUUAUGUCCUUUAAGGGUCUACCUUCGUAGAUUUUUUUCUUUUAAUUACAUCAAGUAAUAAAGAGUGAGGUGCACAGAUAAGUCUUGACACGUGAAUUCUCCUUGUAUCAAUCUUACCAUCUGAAUUUACCUUGUCUUCCUUCACAAUAUUUCUCUUUCCUUCUACUUACUCUCCUCUCUUGCUAUCAACUCGCCCAAGAAUAAGAUCAUGAAAUCAAAACAUUUUUUCAACAAAGAACAGAACUAAGCCUAGACCUACAUGCACUGCAUCAAUAUUCUGGUUGAUAUUGUAAUGAACCUGUGAAUUCCUAUUCAUUUUCUUCCUUGAACCACUUCAUCCUCUUUUCACCUCCUUUACCAUAAUCACUUCUUUUCUUACUUAUCUUCUUUCUCUUGACUAUGUUACCUGUCAUUGUCUAAAAACAACUAACCAGAAACAGCCAAUACUCGAUGAGAAAAAUUGGGUUUCAAGACAAAGUCAAACCAAAUUUGAUACCUGUUGUUAAACCUUUUUUGAUUGGAUUUCUAUAAAGAAGAUUUAUGCACAUCCUGAUGAGAAUUAUGAUAAGUUGAUAAUGAUGUUAUCGUUAAACAGCUAAAAAUACAAAAGCUAACAAAAAAAUUAACUGAACGUAAACAAGCCAACAAAUAGUGAUGGAAACGGUAGCCUUGUGGUUCUCAAAGAUAAAUAAAGAUGAAAAAGAAACUGCUGCUCAAUCGAAUGACAUUACCAAAGGAUAAUGCUGUUUUUGAAAUUAUCUCCGAUAUUAUCUUGUGAACUCAUUUUUAUUGCCCAUUAUUAACUUAUAAUUCACAAUUUACAUUAUGGAUAAAUACCUGAGUUCAAAAAAAAAUUAGAUGGACCCAGGAAAUUUGACAAGACAUUUUUCCCUUUUUGUCAAAAUUCGUUUUUUGGCUCUUUUCUAGCAUCAACUUUAUUCAUCAUAAAAAAACAGAAUUUUCCUUUUCUUUUUCAAACGAAACAAAUUUCAUCAUCAUAAUCCCCAAUUCUUUCAUUUCUAAGUAACGAUUUGUCGAUCUCUUCUAAUUAACUUCUUUUAAAUUGUUACCUCAAACCUGAAAAUUUUUCUCCCCCUGAAAAAAAUCAUUUCCAGUCGCCAAUUACCAUGUUUCUAUGAUAAAACAAAAACCCAAUUUUCGUACAAGCAAUCAAAGGUUAAUCAGUGGAACAAAACUUGUUAAUUUCACAUUUAAUUCAAUAACUCUGUUCAACUCUUGUAUAUCAACGAUGUUUCACACCCUUUAUACAUUAUGAUUACCUUUUUUGCUGAUCAUCUCAUUUAAUACAUCCAUUUUUCCGCUUCAACAUUGAUCCAUUUUUUAACAUUAUUGUCGCCAUUGUCUCUUUACUAAAUGUUUUUCUAGAAACAACGUAAAAAAAGAAUCAAAAGAUUGCUUCGAGAAAAUCUUGUUUACUAGUCUAAUUACACUUUUUUGGUACAGUUUUUUUUCAUGUUGCAGCCAAUCUACCUUUCAUUUAAUAAAAUCUCAUUUCUCGUCUGUUUAA